CCGCCGCGGAUCGCGUAUCCCCAAAUCGCAUCCAAACCCUAGCUUCCUCCUCCGGCCUCGGCGACCGUAACCCGCCGCCGCUUGCGCACCCCCAAAUCUCAUCCAUCAAAACCCUAGCCUCCUCCUCCGGCCUCGGCGACCGUAGCAUAGCAAUGAAGCGCGGGAGGAACAAGUAUGAGAAGCUUGAUGGAGGAGGAACCGUCUCCACCCCUCUCGUCGUCAGCGAUCCGCAUCUGGGAGACCUCGCUCAGAUCGGGGUUAGCGGCAGCGAGAUCUCAAGUCGCUCGGUAUACUUUGCGGUAUGCCAUCGGGUACAAGCUGGCUCCCCUCUGUACAAGCUGGACGUCGCCCUCUCCAACUCUGAGGACUCGCGAGAGCCUCCAGGCCGGGUAAAACUGCGUCGAAUCGCUACCCUGGGAACCGACAUGGGCGGCAAGACCUUUAUAUCCAUGGAGUCAGCUGGCUGGAUCAUCGGCAUCGGCGGCAAUCCCGGCAGCACCAUCAUCUUCGACACCAAGGAUAACAAAGCGAUCCGCGGGCCAAAACUGAUCGCCAAGAAGUGGUGCCCAGUUGUGGCGGCUGUCGGUAACAAGAUUUAUGCCCUCUCUAGGCGUCCCGAUUUCCUUCAGGAGCCCGAUUUCCUUCAAGAGGCCGAUUUCGUGCCCUGGUUCGAGGUCCUUGAUCUCUCCAAAGCCACAAUCACAGAGACAGAGGAGGGGCUCAGCCUGGAUGCGUGCUCCUGGGAGGCACUGCCGUAUCAACUCUGCUUUCCUUGUAAGCUCACUCCAAAGGCCUACAAACGUCCAGCCUUCAUAACCGUCAGGUCCUCUGUGGUGGUCGAGCCCUACAUAUUGAUAUCGCUCAAUCAGCCAACCAACUACAUCAAUGCGUUUGACACCAACACAGGAAAGUGGCACAAGAUUGAUGAUCAGUACCUGCCUUUUGUUGGGGAUGCCACUCAGCUGGGGCAUGGCAGCAGCAUCUUCCUUGCCUCACCUUGGGAGAAUGGGCCUAUCAAUGCGUACGACAUCCAUGUCUCAGUUAGCAAUCCGGAAAACAUCUCUAGUGUUGCUGACAAGGGUGGUGCUCUUAAGUUAUCCAUCACUGUGUUCUCAAUAAGAAAUAAGCAUGGUGACGUAUCUGCAAAGAAAGGCAUUAUCACCUCCCUAGGCAAGAAACACUUCUGUGAGUUGCUUUCAUUUGAGGGCUGUGGACGCUACUUGGUUUACGAUGGAGAAACCGAAGAAUCCUAUCCAGGGAAAUUGUACCUACAGUUGUGUACCUACCAAACAGAGAGCCGUGCACUCCAAGGGGAGACCUCAGAGAUUGUAGUCUCCUGUCAACAGGAGCUGACCUCCAGAAUUCGCAGUUCCCGUGGCUUCUCUUCAGCACCCAUUGCCUUCUCUUUGUCCAUAUAAGGCUGAUGACGCGACCGCCCCCGUAAACGGAUUCGAUCUCUGUGCUUUAGUGCUAGUCCCUGGAUCGACUUACCAGCACAUACAGUUAAAAGAUGUAAUAUCAUAGAAGGUGUCAAUAUUACAACGCAUCAUUCAGAAUUUAAAAGUACUUACAUACUUGCAUAACCUCAUGGGUUAGCUGGAAAUAAAACAAUUGUUUAGCAGCGGAAAACGGAUGAUAAAAAGGCUACAACAACACCACGGUGAGAGCGUGUUGGAAUAUAGGCCUGUAACCCAAACAAACAGAUCAUACUCUUAUUUUUCGUCGGAGCUUUCUGCAUCAUUAAACGAUGCAGCCAUUAGGAUCAAUACAUUGAAUGUAUUGGCAAGAUUCA